AUGUCCACGUCACCGUACAAUACUGAUGGCGGCGGGCUCGGAUUCGACCAUAGUCAAGGCCCCCCGAGGAAGAAGAUGCGGAAGGGAACAAAAAGUUGUUUGGAGUGUCGGCGGAGAAAAAUCAAAUGUACUUUCGAACCCGGGAGGCCUGCGGUAUGCAACGAAUGCUAUGCCAGAGGUUCGACCUGCAUUGAUCAAGAGCACGGGGACAUUCACACAUACACCCAGGCCACCUCAGAACAGUCGUCGUACAGUUUAAGGGAAAGAGUGUCACAGCUUGAGGAUCUAGUUAAACAGGUGCUGCACCGGUUACCGGAGAAGGACGGCGGCGCCCAGGGUGACGCUUCUGGUUCAGAUUCCGACAAAAGCCAACUUGAUGCUCAGGCUGCUGAAGUGUUGAAAAGUCUGAAGAGCUCAUUGCGACAGGAAAACCCCAGCACCGAAGAGUCGAUUCUUCUUCCUGGUGGACUUCGAGAUGACGCCCCGGCUUUGAGCCUGUUCGAUAAUGCCGUCCUCGAACGAAAAGAGAGCCAGCCCGUCGUGUCAAGAGCCCAGUACAAUAAAACUAAGAUGCUUCUGACGGCCUUGAACAAGUUGCUCCCCGCACCGAGUGAUCUGGAAGUUAUCCUAGAACAAUCCCACGAAUGGUGGGCCAUAUGGAGGAGGAUGUUUCCCGAAAUCACCGACAGUCGAUGUGAGACCAUCAAAGAAUCCGUCUCGCACUCAUUGCGUUCACAGAAGCCGGCCGAAUUGGCAAAGAUCAUGUUAUGUAUCGCAAUCAGCAUUCACCAGCUACCAGAACAUUUCGAUUGGUCGCGACUUCAAAUCAAAGAAGAGCCUACUGAUCUGAUGGAACGAUAUAUUGCGACAGUCGACAAGUUGAUUACAUCUGACGAUGAGAUUGCAGCCACGCUUGAUGGCAUCGAGUGCAUGAUGCUUGAAGCUAAGUACCACAUCAAUAUGGGCCGGCCGCGACGCGCCUGGCUGUUAUUCCACCGAGCACUCGCCUUUGCUCAGUUAUUGGGCAUUCACCGAUUAGCAGCCCACACGGACAAGAUCUCGCUGGAUUAUCAGCGUUCGGUCAAUAUCUGGUGUCAUCUUGUUAUGGGCGACCGAUACCUAUCCUUGCUACUGGGUCUGCCAUAUUCCGUCAGCGAUAGCUUUGUCACCCCCUACAUUCCGAUAUCUGGACCUCAACCGUCAUCGGUGAACGCCGGCGAGUACUACACGGGGAAGAUGGUGCCCAUUAUCACCAAAAUGAUCGAUCGGAACCAGAGUGUAGUGCCCAUGGGAUACUCGGCAACGUUGAGACUCGAUCAAGAGUUGGAGGAGCUGCACAGCACCCAAGACCCUAGCUGGUGGUCGACCGAGCUUGUUCCUGGUGAUUCGGCCGAGGACCAUUUUGAUCGACUCCAAGCACAUUUCUUCCAUCACCAAGCCAAAGUCAUGCUGCAUUUGCCAUUCAUGCUCCGGUCAUCGACCGACAAGAGAUACCAAUACUCUCACACCGCAGCCUUAGACGCUUCACGCGAAAUGAUCCGAGUCUACAAGGCACUCCGGACCAACAAGGCCGUGGGCCCGUUCAUUUGCAAAUUGAUUGAUUUUCAAGCUUUUACUGGGUCCAUGCUAUUACUGCUGAACCUGUGUGGAUACUCCCAGCAACACCGUGGCAGCAAUGCUCGGCAGAUGGACCUCGAGCAAGACCAGAUCGACUCGGACCUCAUCGACCAAACAAUUGCUCUGUUGAAAGACGCGGCCAAAGAACCGGGCGGUGUUGUGGCGGCUCAAAGCGCCCAAGCCCUCGAAAUGCUUGCUCGUGUACGGCAGGGCUGUGAUAUGGAAGGUGUCAAAGAAUGCAGGGGGGAGACCUGUCAAGUCUCGAUCCCCUACUUUGGCAACAUCUCCAUCGGCAUGGGCAAGCAUUUUGUCCCCAUUAAACCCGGCACAUAUGCACAACGCACACGGGAUGCGCCCUUGAACACGUCCGCUCCAGUGGCCGGUGUGCCCACCAACACGGGUUUGCCGACUCCGCCAUCAGCUGCUUCAAACAGCACCCAACCGUCACCCUUGUCGACGACGAUCGAUCAGCAGCAUUCGCAAUUUUCCCAGACCCGACGGGCUCCUCUUUAUGAGUCGACGAACUACAUUGCCCCGGGCCUGGAUCAAGCCUGGCCUGAGACAGCCGAUGAUCCAUUUAUCACGUUUGACUCGUUUAUGGCAUUUCCACCUCAGCAGCCUACAGACCUCCCCUCGGCGGGGAGUGUCAGCAUAUCGUCUGGCGGAUCGGGCUUCACCCCACAACCAUCGCACUCUCUACAAAGUCAGAGCCCGUAUAAUUCGAACACGACGCCACAGAAUGACUUGAAUGCUCCAGCUGCUGGAGGUGGUCUGGGUGGGAUGGUGAAUCCCGGGUAUUCAUUCGGCACUUUCCCAUUCGGCCAGAGCGGAGUGGACCUGGAUCAAGGCUGGAACUGGUUUGGGGUCGACGCCCCCGUUAUUCCGUGA